CAACCACCAGUUGUUUUCGUGAACUGUAUUUAAAAAUUAAAAGGACAACAAGAAACUGCGCGCGAAAGUGAAGAGCAGAAAUGAAAUUUAAGACUGCUUCUGAUUAUGGAAGACAAUCUAUUGAUUUAAAUAAUCCAAUUUCAAUUAGAAAGGACAAUACUCACACUCUGGUCAAUUAGUGCUACAAUACUUAACUAUUUUCAUUCUUGAGGUUAAAUUUAAGGUUCCAAAAUUACCGAACAAAAUGAGAAGGUUCAACUCAAACGAGAACUGGGCUUGUUCUCGGCAAUCAACUUCAUCUUGGCCAUCAUGAUAGGAUCUGGGAUCUUCGUAUCCCCUGCAUCGGCUUUGAAAUACUCAGGUUCAGUUGGAAUGUGUAUGGUGGUUUGGGUGUCAUGUGGAAUAAUCUCAUUAUUAGGUGCUUUAUCUUAUUCAGAAUUAGGUACCCUCGUACCUAGAUCCGGAUCAGAAUAUGCAUACUUCAUCGACUCAUUUGGUCCUCUACACAAGUUUUGGGGACAUUUGCCAGCGUUUAUUUAUUCGUGGAUUAUGAUUUUAGUCAUUAGACCUGCUGAAAUUGCGAUUUUGGUUUUAACCUUUUCACAAUAUUUGUGUCAACCGAUCAUCGAAUCCUUAUGUUUUGUAAAUAAAGAAGAAAUGAGCGACAAUGUAUAUAAGAUCGUUGCCCUGGUUGCCUUAGGAAUGACUACUUACAUAAACGUAAGUAGUGUGAAACUGUACGUAACGAUACAAAAUAUCUUUGGCUCCUGCAAAGUUAUCGCUUGCCUUAUUGUGAUAUGUUGCGGAAUUUAUCAAAUAUUUUUAGGAAACAUAAAUAAUUUAUCUAAGGGUUUUGAAGGAACAACAACAUCACCGAAAGACUUUGCUUUGGCAUUCUACAGUGGUUUAUGGGCCUAUGAUGGGUGGUCAUCAGUUACAGUUAUUACAGAAGAACUGAAGAAACCUGAAGUCAAUAUUCCAAGAAGCAUUUAUAUAGCUGUUCCUUUGGUAACAAUUUUGUACGUUUUUAUGAAUAUUUCUUAUAUGACUGUGUUAACUCCUAGUGAGAUGAUAAACGCGCAAGCAGUUGCUGUAACAUUCGGCGAAAGAAUUCUUGGAAAGUUUUCCAUUAUCAUACCAAUAGGUGUUGCUCUCAGUACGUUUGGAUGUGCCCUUAGUUUACAAUUUGGAGUAACAAGAUUAUGCUACGUAUCCGGACAAGAUGGAUUUAUGCUCGAGAGUUUAUCAUACGUUCACUACAAAAGACUAACACCUGCACCAGCUGUUGUUCUACAAGGUUUUAUAUCAUUUUUAUUUAUUUCCACUGGCGAAAUUUUAGAGUUGAUCGAAUUCGCCAGUUUUUUGAUAUGGUUCUUUUACGGAGUGGCUAUGGUAUCACUAAUCGUUAUGAGGACAACCAUGAAGGAUGCUCGAAGACCUUAUAAAGUGCCGAUUAUAAUACCAGCAUUUAUCUUGCUAGUUUCGUUAUAUUUAAGUAUAAUUCCCAUAGUUUUGGAACCUUCUCCCAAGUACUUGAUGGCACUUGGAUUUAUGCUAAUAGGAGCGUUUGUGUACUAUUGGUGUGUCUACAAAAACCGAAGGCCUUCGACUGUUAUGGAUAAAAUCACCCAAUGGGUUCAACUUCUUUUUUGUGUUGUGCCUCCGGAAGCAGAUUAAAACUUUGAUAUAAGAUAUUUAUAAUAAAUAUGCCUUUUAUUUAAUUUUUUACAAUAAAACUUAACAACUUAA